AAGGGCAGCGCUCGCACUUCAUCUGUGGUGCUCUCAGUUUGAGGUGGAUCUCUACCAAAAUGAGUCAGCCUGCCAGACUCCCCUGGACCGGCAGUACCACCAGGAGAUCCAGAAGUUGGAGAAGGCUGGAGGUCGGAAGAACUACCGCAUCUUCACGUACACUGAUCAUGACAGAUUCACCAACCUGGAGGAGCACUGCCAGAAAGUCACUGAUGCAGAUGAUGAGGUGCCAUCGUAUCUGGCACAGAGGAUGGCCACAGUGAGGAGGAGAAGACAAGACCGUAGGCCCAUAGAAGGGAGUUCUCUGAAGUCGAAAGUCAUCACCUGGGAGCCCUCGGAAGAAUUCAUAAAGAACAAUCAUGUGAUUAACACUCCAGUUCAGACCAUGUACAUCAUGGGGGACUUGGGUCCGUAUGGGAAGCUUGGGCACAGGGAAUAUGAGCAUGUGCUUUGCACUAUCAAGGUGGACAGCAAUGGUGUGAUCACAGUGAAGCCUGACUUUACUGGCACAAAAGGAGCCUACCGAAUUGAGCUGGAUGGAGAGAAGCGAGAGCUGUGGACGUACACCAUUGAGAACGCGUCUGCCCAAGUGCAGCAGGAGGACGCGGAGCGGGAGCAGCGUGUCUUCAGAGAUCUGUAUAGUCGGCACAAAGAAUAUCUCAGCAGCCUUGUAGGCUCAGAAUUUGAAAUGCCACUUCCUGGUGCACUGCGGCUGUUUGUGAAUGGGGAAAUAGUUUCAGCUCAAGGCUAUGAGUAUGACAACCUCUAUGUUCAUUUCUUUCUGGAGCUGCCUAAAUGCUGGUCGAGCCCGGUGCUCCAGCAGCUCUCAGGAGUGACCCAGACCUGUGCCACCAAGAAAGUGGACAGGGAUAAUGUGGCAUAUUUCUGCUACCUCUUCACUUUGGAGAUGUUCUUCAGCCAAGAAGAUGAAUCAGAAGACUCUUUCCCUCAGUGGCCCGUCCUUUAUUUUGAGGUUCUAUCCGUGGAUUUUUGGCAGAGGUAUCGUGUUGAAGGAUACGGCUCUUUAGUGCUGCCCAGCUCUCCAGGACUGCACACGUUGACCAUCCCCACCUGGCGCCCUGUGGAGUUGGGGACAGUCUCGGAGCUGAGAAGAUUUUUCAUUGGUGGAUCUCCUGAGUUGGAGGACUUAACCUACGUCAGGACACCCACAGCCUUCAAGGGAGAGCGUCUGAGCCGCCUUGGCUUUCGCACAAAGACCACAGGGAGCGUCACCUUCCGGCUUCACUGCCUGCAGCAGUCCAAAGCUUUUCUGGAAACCAGCGCCCUGAGACAGCGCAUGCAGAGUGUGCUGGACCGGCUUGGAGGCCUCAGUCAGCAGAGUUCUGUCUACAGCGUUUUGGAGGCCUUCCAGAGAGCGCGGCGCCGGAUGCAGGAGGCGCGCGGGAGCCUGUCCCAGGACCUCAUGGGCACCGCGGCCGCCGCUUGGCACCAGCGCCGGGAACCGGGACCGCCCCCUCGGCUGCCUCCAGCCUGUGAGCGCCCAGCGUCUUCUCCCUGCUCGUGAAGGGCGAGAGGAGGCACGGGGCUCUGCCUGGAGGAUUUCCAGCCCUUCCUUUGCUGCUUCCCUAGGAGUCUGCAACACAUCUCCAGUAUCUUUGCGUUUCCAUGGAUUUGCGUCUCCAUCAUUUCAAGGCAUUUUGUUGCCAUUCCAUAAUGGCACAGAUCAUUGUUGACACUUCUGUUGGACAAACUAAAGCACCAAAAUUGCACCUCUGAACCUAACACCUUUUCAAAUAUUGAAUAGCAAAUUAUUAUAAAAGUCUCAAGUCUACACUGACUUGGAAAAUUUGCUUUUCUUCUUAAAGAAGAGAGUGAUUUUGAAGGUCAAGAGAUGAAUGCUGUUUACAGCUUAAUGGAAUGAGUUGAUAACUGAGAAUGGUUAUCAGCAUGGUUAGAUAACUGAGAAUGGUUAUCAGGUGCAGCUCAGUCAUCAGUAAAAUCAAUCUGUCCACCUUUUCCUUAAGACUGACUCAUUUCUAGAGAACUCUUUGUCACUCUGUAAUGUAUGAAAUGAAAACAAAGGAAUGAUACACAGCCUAAUUCACARCUUGGGAAAACAGUUAAAUUCUGUAUUCCCCUGUAUGUUCCCGUGAAGCUCCUGGGUUCUUGCAUCUCUGCAGUUAUCAGUAGAAGGAACCUUUGUUUGAGGAUGCCACUGAAGAACACACAUUCCCCUCACAUUAUAGCAGAACUUCACCUGUGUGAUUUGCAAAGAGCCAAAGCAGAUUGUAACAUUUGCACAGCAACUGAACUUUGAGCUAUCUCUGUUCAUUGUUCCAUUUCUGAUUGCAGUAGGCUGUGUUGCUUCCUGGGGAAGUGUUUGUCUAGUUUGGCUCUGUUUCUUCUCCUGUUCUUUUCUCAGUCUCCUUUUUUUCCCCUGUUUUUGUUCCUCUCAAGUUCAGAGGUGUGAGGGUAGCUGCAGACUGGCAGCGCUGCACUGAUUUGUACAUGAGUCAUGUUUUCAUGUGUUCUUCUCCACCCCCAGCAUAAGGGGUAGGAAGGAAAACCUCUGGCUGAGAUCAUGCAGACCUGAAUAUGUCCGUAAAAUUAGAACUCAAGGGCAGAAUCUGAAGCGGGGGUUGUUCUCCCUUCCCCUACACUUUUCCUCUUUGCUAGGAGUGUGAGAAGGAGGGUUGCAGCCAUGUUAAACAUCCCGCUCCCCCCUGGUUUGUUGUUGGCUCAGCCCCUUCUUGCCAUUUGGAUCUUGUCCGAGCCUUCGCUGGAAGACCUGGA